AUGGAGUACCCGCCGUAUUAUCACGACAAUGACGUGGGCCCCUUUUCAAGCGUCACAUACUCGCUGACCCCUGAUGGUCCUGGCCUGCAUGAGCUUGACUUGAAGUUGCGUGACCGCGACAUGGUCCUCAUGGUCGAGGGUGACGAUGACGAUAAGACCGUGCGCAUAUUACACCUGUACAAUGUGCGCGAGGACACGCUCGCCGAGGCCAAGACAGCCGUUGAUGGCCUCUUGAGCCAGGUGAAGCCGCUGGGCGGCGGCGACAACACUGGACAUACCGUGUUUAAGAUGUUCGACAAGGUCUUCUACGAAAUAAAAAGUCCAGUCGCCUGCCUUCUGGAGGACGCCGACGAUUUAGAGUCGAAAUUGGAAGCAAUCGACGAAGACGAUUUGGUUCAUCCCAAGAGAGCACCAGACACAACCUCUGAGCUCUCCAACCCGGUCGCUGAGCUCCAAGCGGCCUGCAGGGACUUCAUUGACCGACGAGGAAAGCUGCCCCAAGAGAAAGGCUACGAUGUUAUUCAGGGUAUAUGA